AUGGGAUUCAAGCAGGGCGACGUGGAGCAGGACUACGAGCGGCGGCCGCGCGCGAGCAAGGAGGACGGCCCGGCGGCCGGCCGCGAGCUGCUCCCGGUCCGCGAGGGUGGCAAGUGGCAGCGGCGCACAGCACCGGCUCCCAAAGGCGAGCCGCAGACCAAGAAGGGCAAGCAGCGCGCCAAGGCUCGUGCUCAGGCGUCCGCCGCUGCCGCUGCUGGCAGCGCGCCGGCCGCCGAGCUCUCGCUCUCCCAGAAGCGCGCCACGAUCGCAAAGCUGUCGGCGCAGCUGCUGCACUCGCCGCACAAGAACAUCGGGCUGCUCAAGGAGCUGCACGAGCUCGCGUCGCGGGACGUAUCGCCGGCGACGCGGCGGAUGGCGGCGCUGAGCUGCGUGGCGGUGCUGCGCGACCUCAUCCCGGCGUACCGCAUCCGGCUGCCCACCGACAAGGAGCUGGCGAUGCAGGUGUCUUCCGAGGUGGAGGCGCUGCGUGCGUACGAGAGGCAGCUGCUUCGCGGGCACGAGGCGGCGGUGGGCCUGCUGCGCGGCUGGCUGCGGAGCGGCGAGCAGCAGCAGCGGCUCGCCGCGGUGCGCGGGCUCGCCGCCCUGCUCGAGAAGGGGCGCGACUUCAAUGGCGUUGACCAGCUGAUCGGCGGGCUGGUGCCGUCCUGCAACUCUGCCGACGACGAGGAGCGGGCGGUGGCGUGCGGAGCGCUCACCGAGCUGUUUGGCGCGGACGUGGCGGGCGAGGCGACGCUGCUCGCGGUGCGCUCGAUGGCCGCCCUCCUCAAGACGAGCUCGUUCAGCGUCCACCCUUCGAUGCUCGAGUGCUGGCUCUCGCUCCGCUUGGACGCGUCGGCGGCGGCAGCCGCUGCGUCGGCCGAGAAGGAGCGCUUCGGCGCGCGCAAGGGGAAGAAGCGGCGGAGGGGCAUCGACCCUGUCGCGCGCGACGUCGGCCUCAAGUCGGCGGCAGUGCUCGAGCAGCUCUUCGUCUCGUACGCGCGCGUCGUCAAGGCGCGCCCCGGCGGGCCGCUGAUGCCGCUCGUGCUGCGCGGGAUCGCAAAGUUUGCCCACUGCGUCAACGUCGAGCUGCUGCUCGACCUCGUCUCCAAUUUGCGCACCAUCCUGCGCGACCCGGCCGCCCUCUCCACGCCGGCGGCGCUGCACUGCGCUCUGCUCGCCGACACGCGCCUCCUCGCCACCGCACUCGACUGCCUCGACCACCUCUGCCGCCAGCGCUCGGCGCUGCUCGCGCCGCGCAUCGCCUCCUUCUUUUGCCGGCGCGACGUCGACUCUCCGCGCGCCAUCAACUCGACGGCGUGGCAGCUCGCCCUGCUCCACCGGCACUACCACCCCGUCGUGGCGCAGCUCGCGAAGCGACUCGCAGCCGCAGAGCCGCUCCCGCCCGCCCUCGGCCGAUCGACGCCGCUGCGGCUGAUGGCGACCUACUCGGACGCCUCCGGCGCCUUCAACCCGCCCCCGCAGCCGCCCUCCAAGCGCCGCCGUGCCGCGGACGCCGCCAAGCGCGCCGCAAGCAGUAGCGGCGGCGGAGAGCUGCACGAGUCGAUAGAGGCUGCCGUGGCGCGAGCCGGCGGCGGAGAGGCAAGCAGCGCGCUGGACUUUGCGGUCUUGCUGCGGUGA